UUGCUCUGGAGAACAAAAGGCUGAGCUAUGAUAGCCACUGGUGGAGUGAUAACCGGCCUGGCCGCCUUGAAAAGGCAAGACUCUGCCAGAUCACAGCAGCAUGUCAACCUCAGCCCAUCACCUGCUGCUCAGGAGAAGAAACCAGUCAGGCGUCGGCCCCGGGCCGAUGUCGUGGUCGUUCGAGGCAAAAUCCGACUUUAUUCCCCAUCUGGUUUCUUCCUUAUUUUAGGAGUGCUUAUCUCCAUUAUAGGAAUUGCAAUGGCCAUCCUUGGCUAUUGGCCCCAAAAAGAACAUUUUAUCGAUGCCGAGACAACACUGUCAACAAAUGAAACUCAGGUCAUCCGGAACCAGGGUGGUGUGGUGGUUCGCUUCUUUGAACAGCAUUUACAUUCUGAUAAAAUGAAAAUGCUCGGUCCCUUCACCAUGGGAAUUGGCAUCUUCAUUUUCAUCUGUGCUAAUGCCAUUCUCCAUGAAAACCGCGACAAAGAAACCAAGAUCAUACACAUGAGGGAUAUCUAUUCCACCGUCAUUGACAUCCACACGCUAAGAAUCAAGGAGCAAAAGCAAAUGAAUGGCAUGUACACUGGCUUGAUGGGAGAAACAGAAGUAAAGCAGAACGGGAGCUCCUGUGCCUCGAGACUGGCAGCAAACACGAUCGCCUCUUUCUCGGGUUUUCGAAGCAGUUUCCGGAUGGACAGCUCCAUGGAGGAGGAUGAGCUUAUGCUCAGUGAAAAUAAGAGUUUUGGACACCUUAUGCCACCUCUGCUCUCUGACAGCUCUGUCUCUGUCUUUGGCCUCUAUCCACCUCCUUCCAAGACCAUCGAGGAUAAGACCAGCAGCUCCAAGAAAUGUGAAACCAAGUCAAUUGUGUCAUCAUCCAUCAGUGCUUUCACGUUGCCUGUGAUCAAACUUAAUAACUGUGUUAUUGACGAGCCCAGUAUAGAUAACAUCACCGAGGAUGCUGAUAACCUCAAAAGUAAGUCGAGGAAUUUGUCAAUGGAUUCCCUUGUGGUCUCUUUGCCCAACACCAGUGAGUCCUUCCAGCCAUUCAGCACAGUGCUCCCCAGGAAUCAUUCUGUUGGGGAGUCGUUGUCAAGUCAGUACAAGUCCUCUAUGGCCCUUGGACCCGGGGCUGGACAGCUCUUGUCUCCUGGGGCUGCUAGAAGACAGUUUGGGUCCAAUACAUCCUUGCAUUUGCUCUCUUCACACUCAAAAUCCUUAGACCUAGACCGGGGUCCCUCCACUCUAACUGUUCAGGCAGAACAACGGAAACAUCCAAGCUGGCCUCGGUUAGAUCGAAACAACAGCAAGGGAUAUGUGAAACUGGAGAACAAAGAGGACCCGAUGGAUAGGUUGCUCGUGCCUCAAGUUGCCAUCAAAAAAGACUUUACCAAUAAAGAGAAGCUUCUUAUGAUUUCAAGAUCACAUAAUAACUUGAGUUUCGAACAUGAUGAGUUUCUGAGUAACAACCUAAAGCGGGGAACUUCUGAAACAAGGUUUUAAUGUUUAAAAAUACAUCCAUUUACCAGGGUAUACGUUUGAAAGCUGUUUUCACUGGCGUUCCCUUCUUAAAGCAUUGGCUAUAAGCCUCUUUAAUCCAUUGGUUUGUAGUGCAUUAGAACUGGCUGCUUAGUUCUGUGAUGGAGAUGGCUGUAUGUUUGGGUUACUUGAGACUGCAGUACUAUAUGGUAUCACAUAUGCUUUUAUUUUUCCAUUUCUUUUGAAGGCAAGAUCUCUUUUAUUGAUAUUAAUAUGAAUGCAAAACACUUGCACCCAAAUCAAAACUCCUUUUCUUUACUUUUAAGUUUGUUCAUUGAUUAUUAUAUUCCUAGAAUGAAGUAUCCAGUAUGGAAAACAUAGGGUACCAAAGUGUGGACUAGAAAUACCAAAUUCAGGCCCUGUAUUCAAUAUAUAGCUAUAAAUGAGUAUGAGUACAAAUCUUAGUAUGUGAUUUUCUGAAUAAUUGCCCUUGUAUAGGAUGGGUUAGAUUAUUUAAAAGGAAAAAGAUGUCAUUUCCAUGUGAGCUCAGUAAUAUGAAUUGGUGAAGUUGGUCGUAAAUCUUAUUCUGAGCUUUAGGUAGAUGGUAUUUUUUUUUCAGCAUCAAUUCUGUUUUUAAUGAUGUUUUAUCAAGAAAAAAUGUAUCCAAGAGCCAUGACUGAGAAUUCCAGGUAUACUUAGGGAUACACGUCAAAAUGCUAUUAGCUAUAACUUUAGAUAUUCAGAAUCAAAGAUUUCUUGCAAACUGACAUUAAAAAAAGAAUGAAACAAUAUAAUGUGUAGAAAUGCUAAUUUAAAAUAAUUAUAUACAUGAAGAAAAUGUUGGCUAAUGAAGAGAUACAUUAAAUGCUAGUUAAUGCUAAUUAGUUCUAGUAGCUUUUUCUAGCCGUCUGUUACCAUCCAAUAUCCACUCAUUCCCACAUCAUUAUUUUCUCCCAGUAUUUUUUAGAUCCUGGUAUUUGGAAAACAAUCAACUAACCUUGACAUUUUCUUUUAUUUUUGCAUACCCUGGCUUGAUGGUACACAAAUAUUUAGUCCUUGAUAAAUUGCCUUGAUAUGUACUUUGUGCUGGAAAGCCUUACAAUCAUCCCAAAGACUUUCUUAUGGUAUAAUAAUACCUUUUUAGGAUUGUGGUUUUCAGCUAUUGAAGAUAAUAAAUGUUAAAAUGGAUGUUUCCAUCAGAAAAUAUUCAUGUUUUCCAUUAAGGUAACAUAAUUUUGAGAAUUGUUUAAUGGAACACUCAGGAAAUCUUACAGGUUUUGCCCAAUGCCAAAACAUUUCUGAACACCAGAACUGCAGCUGUGGACAAGCAGGAAGGGGAUACAUCUGUUUGUGUAGCUGCCCACAAUUCCACCUUGUGUUUGUGUCAUAAGCUUUCCUCUGUCGAGGCAUGGUGUUACUUGUUAGAACAUUCAGCCUGUGUAUUAUAAUAGAGUGAGCUCAAUAUUUUACUAUAAAACAUUUAAUAAACUUCUGUUAUUAAUAGAA